UUGCUGCUUAUGGGACCAUGUUGUACUGGAAUCAAACUUAGAGCUCCUGCAUGCAAAGCAUGUGUUUUAGCCCUUUCAGACAUAUCCCCAGCCCAAAAUCUAAAUUUUUUUUAGCCACACCCAGCAAUGCUCUAGGGUUACCUCUGGCUCUGCACUCAGUAAUUAUUUCUGAUGCCUGCAGGUCCUUGCUCUCCAAAGACAUAUCUCUGAAGUGAAAAGAAGUAAUAUUGAAGAGCAGAUAUGUCUUGGAAGGAGACCACCCAGCAGAGUGCUGAGAGUUGCUGAACCUGCAGCCUGCCUUAACUCUUCUGCCCAGGGCAGGCAAAGCCUAAAAAACAACUCAGUCUUCUGAAAUCAACAGGAGCUGUGUGACAAUGAAACAUUUGACCCAGAUGAUGGAAAGGAGAGUGUGGCAUUCUGAGGACUCUGCUUUAUCCGAAGAAGAGGAUAUGACCAAUUCUCUCACAGCAGUGACAUUUAAGGAUGUAGCUGUGGACCUCACUCAGGAGGAAUGGCAGCAAAUGAAACCUGCUGAGAGAAACUUGUACCGGGAUGUGAUGCUGGAAAACUACAGUAACCUCGUCAUAGUGGGCUGUCAAGUCACCAAACCAGAUGUGAUCUUUAAGUUGGAGCAGGAAGAGGAACCCUGGGUGGUAGAGAAGGAAGUGUUUGGAAGACACUGUUCAGAAGUUUGGGAAGUUGACGAACAGAUCAAGAAACAGCAGGAAACGCUUGUGAGGAAAAUCACAUCUGUCUCCAAGAAAACUUUGAUUAAGGAAAAUACAAGUGAAUAUAAAAAUGCAACAAAAAUAUUUUCUUUGACCUCAGACAUUGUUACUGCAAGAAAAAAUUUCUUUGAGUGUGAAUUACUUGAUAAAGAUUUGGAGCAUAGUUUACACUUAUGUAAUUAUGAAAAAGAAUAUGUAAAAAAGAAAGAUUAUGAAUGUAGUAAGUAUGGGAAGCCAUUUUAUCAUUAUUCAUCCCAUGUUGUAACCCCAUUUAAGUGUAACCAUUGUGGACAAGACUUCAGUCAUAAAUUUGACCUCAUCAAACAUGAGAAUAUUCAUGCUGGAGAAAAACCCUAUGAAUGUAAGGAAUGUGGAAAAGCUUUCAGCAGGAAGGAAAAUCUUAUUACACAUCAAAAAAUUCACACUGGGGAAAAACCAUAUAAGUGUAAUGAAUGUGGAAAAGCUUUUAUUCAGAUGUCAAACCUUAGUAGACAUCAGAGAAUUCAUACAGGGGAAAAACCUUAUGCAUGUAAGGAUUGUUGGAAAGCCUUCAGUCAGAAAUCAAAUCUUAUAGAACAUGAGAGAAUUCAUACUGGAGAAAAACCCUAUGAAUGUAAAGAAUGUGGAAAAUCCUUCAGCCAGAAACAAAAUCUUAUUGAGCAUGAGAAAAUUCACACCGGAGAGAAACCAUAUGCAUGUAAUGAAUGUGGUAGAGCUUUUUCCCGUAUGUCAUCGGUCACUCUACACAUGAGAAGUCACACAGGGGAGAAACCCUAUAAAUGUAAUAAAUGUGGAAAAGCAUUCUCUCAAUGCUCAGUAUUUAUUAUACAUAUGAGAAGUCAUACAGGUGAGAAACCCUAUGUGUGUAGCGAAUGUGGGAAAGCUUUCUCACAAAGUUCAUCCCUUACAGUACAUAUGAGAAAUCAUACAGCUGAGAAACCCUAUGAAUGCAACGAGUGUGGAAAGGCCUUCAGCCGGAAAGAAAAUCUCAUUACACAUCAGAAAAUUCAUACUGGAGAGAAACCUUAUGAAUGUAAUGAGUGUGGAAAAGCUUUCAUUCAGAUGUCAAAUCUUAUCCGACACCAGAGAAUACACACUGGUGAAAAACCCUAUGCAUGUACAGUGUGUGGGAAAGCCUUUAGUCAAAAAUCAAAUCUCACUGAACAUGAGAAAAUUCAUACUGGAGAGAAACCCUAUCAUUGUAAUCAGUGUGGAAAGGCAUUCAGUCAAAGACAAAAUCUCCUUGAACAUGAAAAAAUUCAUACUGGAGAAAAACCAUUUAAAUGUAAUGAAUGUGGUAAAGCCUUUUCUCGAAUCUCAUCCCUUACCCUUCAUGUAAGAAGUCAUACAGGGGAGAAACCCUAUGAAUGUAAUAAAUGUGGGAAAGCCUUUUCUCAGUGCUCUUUACUCAUUAUACACAUGAGAACCCACACUGGUGAGAAACCCUUUGAAUGUAAUGAGUGUGGGAAAGCAUUCUCUCAAAGAGCAUCCCUUUCUAUUCAUAAGAGAGGACAUACCGGUGAGAAACGUCAAGCGCGUGAAGCUCCACGCGUUUCCGGGCGGAAAAGACUGGCGCGGGCCCGGGGUGGGGGGUGUGGAAGGGGGCUUAGCAGCGUUUCCCGCCUCUCCGGGACUCCGUGUCCCUUCACCCCCGCCCCCGGGACUCUGCCACUUCCGGCCGAAGUUGACCGCCCUGUGAAUCCAGAAGAGGAAGAGGGAACAGUCCCUGUGCAAUCAGAAGUCAUGGCAGAGGGCGUGAAGUUCAAAGAUAUUGCCAUUUACUUUUCUCAAAAGGAGUGGGAAUGCUUGCACUCAGCUCAGAAGGAUUUGUAUCGAGAUAUAAUGUUGGAGGCAUACAAUAACCUUAUCUCACUGGGACUUUGUGGUGCUAAGCCAGAUGUGAUCUCCUUAUUGGAACAGGGGAAGGAACCCUGGAUGGUUAAUAGGAACGAGACAAAAGUAUGGUGCCCAGAUUGGGAGAUCAGAAGAGAAACCAGAAAUUUUUCUCUAAAAGAAGAUAAUUGUGAAAGUAAAUCAUUGCAACAGAAGAUACUAAAAAGAAUUAUAAGUUCUAACCUUGAGUACAAUAGGGCUAGAGAUAAGAGAGAAAACAAAUCUCAGCUGGAGAGACCAAAGGAGGGACAUUUCAGACAAACUGUGAUAGCCUCUGAAGAAAAGUCUCCUUCCACUCAGCACAGAGACCAUAGUCUACCUCAGACAGAGCACACAAGAGCAAAAUCUAAUGAUCGCAAGGAAUGUAAGGAAGUUUCCCCGAACCAGUCACACCGCAUCCCACACGAAGUAAGUCAUAGUAAGGAAAAAGAUUCCAAGUGUGGACAAUGUGGGAAAACCUUUAAUAAUAGUUCUGACUUGAUUAAGCACCAAAGAAUUCAUGAAGGUAAAAAAGGUGAUGAAAAUAAGAACUCUAAUUUUAUUCGUGACUCUGAAAGUACUAAACGUCAGAGCAGUAAUACUGGUAAGAAACCUCAUAAAUGCAAGGAAUGUGGGAAAGCUUUCCAUUCUGGUUCACAACUUAAUAAACAUCAAAAACUUCACAUAGGUGAGAAACCCUAUAAGUGUAAGGAGUGUGGAAAGGCCUUUCCCUCUACCUCCCAACUUAAUUUACAUCGGAGAAUACAUACUGAUGAGAUAUACUAUGAAUGUAAGGAAUGUGGGAAGGCCUUCACCCGUCCUUCUCACCUUACUCGACACCAGACAAUCCAUACGGGUGAAAAACCUCAUAAGUGUAAGGAAUGUGGAAAGGCUUUUCGUUAUGAUACACAACUUAGACUUCAUCAGAUCGAUCAUACUGGAGAGCGCCGCUUUGAAUGUAAGGAAUGUGGGAAGGUAUAUAGUUGUGCCUCCCAACUAAGUUUACAUCAGAGAAUUCAUACUGGUGAGAAACCUCAUAAAUGUAAGGAAUGUGGGAAAGGCUUUAUCUCUGACUCACACCUUCUUCGACAUCAAAGUGUCCACACUGGUGAAAAACCAUAUAAAUGUAAACAGUGUGGGAAGGCCUUCCGCCGUGGCUCGGAACUUACUCGGCAUCAAAGAGCUCACACUGGCGAGAAACCCUAUAAAUGUAAAGAAUGUGAAAUGGCCUUUACUUGUAGCACAGAACUGAUUCGCCAUCAAAAAGUUCACACCGGUGAGAGACCACAUAAAUGUAAGCAAUGUGAUAAGGCUUUUAUCCGAAGGUCAGAACUUACUCACCAUGAGAGAAGUCACAGCGGUGAGAAACCCUUUAAGUGUAAGGAAUGUGGGAAGACCUUUGGCCGUGGCUCAGAACUUAGUCGGCACCAGAAAAUUCAUACUGGUGAGAAACCCUACAAAUGUAAGCAGUGUGGGAAGGCCUUUAUUCGUGGCUCACACCUUAGUCAGCACCAAAAAACUCAUGAAGAAUGGAGUGAUUGAAGUAAUGUGGGGAGGUAGGGAAGCUCAGAAAUUCAUACUAGUAAAACUCAAAAACUCCUGUUUUUGAGGACAGCCACUCAUGGAUUCAUGCAUGGAUGUAAGACCUUUACUUAAGGGUUGAAGCAAUAGUACUGCAGGACACUUGCCUUGCGUUUGGGGAUCCCUGGCAUUAUAUAUGAUCCCCUGACAUCUCUCAGGAGUGAUCCCUGAACACAGCCAGGAGUAAACCCUGAGGAUAGCUCAGUAUGGCCCUAAACCAAAAAAGACCUUAUUUAAGUACCAGAAUAUACAUGAAAUUAAUGUUAGAAUAUAACAUCCUUCCUUAUAAACAUUAAGAAUUUGGAAGGAGUUUGCAUUACUGAAUUCAUUAGCAGAAUUCAACUUGUGGAAAUUAAAAGUUCCAUGAACAUAAAGAAAUUGAGAGGUUUUAGGAAGGCACUGAGUGUGUUAAAGACAAUCAUUUAAACCUUUCUCAACUUAGGGGUCUUCUGGGAAAUCAGAAUUUAUAGCAUAAAUGUAUUUAUGGGAUACCAGUUUGCCUUGUUAUUAUUCUUCUGGUAGUUAACACUUGCAGAAGGCUUACAUUAAUAUUUAAAACACAGCAGAUUCUUCCCUGUAAGUCUUGUUAAAUACUUAAAAGUUUAUUAUAUAAAACUAACUUGAGCUGAAUCUUGACUUGCCUUCACCGUUAUAAUGCACUAGUUAGAGGGCACAUUACUUAACUACAUCUAAAUUCUCCAAUUAUAAAUUAACAAUAUUAGUAUAAGAUUUCUUUGCAUUGUGAAAAUAUCUAUUCAGAUACUGUCUGUCUCACUGAAGGUGCUAAAUGAGAGAGCAAGAGCUGCUUUAUUAUUUUUUCGGUGCCUUUAUUUUUACAAUUGUAUAUUAAAGAUUAUAUAAAAGGAAGGCUUUUUGUGUGCAGUGACUCUAGGAUCAUCUUGUACCUCUUUAGUGGGUGCUAUUCUGAGAAGAAAUUUAAAACCUAAACUUUCACCAUUUGUCCUUUCAUCUCCUCGGGGGCUUCAUCAUAGAUUAGCUGGGGGGAUAUACCAGAGGAUUGGGACACUUGCUUUGUAUGCAGUAGCCCUGCUUCCUUUCCCCAGCACUGCAGAGAACAAUGAACUGCUUCCAAGCCAGGUAUAGCCUCUGAGAACUAAGGAGUAUGGUCCAAAAACAAAAAUGAGGGGUAGUACAGUGGGCCAAGCGAUAGUACAGUGGGUAGGGUGUUUUCCUUGCACAUAGCCAACCCAGUUUCAAUCCUUGGAACCCCAUGAGGUCCCCCAAGUCAAGUUGGCCAGGAGUAAUUCCUGAGCACAGAGUCAGGAAUAAACCCUGAGCACUGUUGGGUAUGUCCUACCUGCUGCCCCAUCCCACCCCACCCCCAAAAAAAGAUCCCAGUAGAAUAAAGGUAGGUUGCUAUGAGGUCAGUGGGAAUAUUUGGAUGACAUAGCUUUAUUUAAAAAAAUUUUUUUUAAAGAUAUGUGACACCUGAUAGAGAAUUGAAAAAUAAUAAAGAC